CCAAUAGAGAAGACGAAGCACGAAGAUUGAUUUAACAUUCUAGUUCAUGAUGUUGAAUCCGACAAGGGAUGAUAGUCUAUAAUAGGUUUGCUUUGAAUCUGGAUUGACCCAGAAAGAAAAAAAAAAAAGUGAAGCUUUGAAUGAUUUGUUGUGGAUUUAUGUGGAAAUCCGGAGGUGAAGAUUUGCAAGGUUUCUAUCCAGUUAGAUCAGAAUGUGUAGCAGAUGUUCCCAGGACCAGAUUUAAAUCAAGGGCGGGUAAAACUCUAAGUGCUAGAAAAUGGCACGCUGCGUUUACUGAAGAUGGACAUUUGGAUAUGGAAAGAGUUCUUCGCCGUAUACAACGAGGGGGAAUUCACCCCUCAAUCAAAGGAGAGGUUUGGGAGUUUUUGUUAGGAGGUUACGAUCCGGACAGCACGUUUGAAGAGCGGAACAAGUUGAGGAAUCACAGAAGGGAGCAGUAUUAUGGUUGGAAAGAAGAAUGUCGGAAUAUGGUUCCUCUUGUUGGUAGCGGCAAGUUUGUCACGAUGGCAGUUGUUGCAGAAGAUGGGCAGCCAUUAGAAGAAUCCUCAGUAGAGGAUCAAGGAUGGCUUGUGAAAACCGCUAUAACAGACAAGCGUGUGCUCCAGUGGAUGCUUGUGUUGAGUCAAAUCGGUCUCGAUGUGGUUAGAACGGAUCGGUAUCUCUGCUUUUAUGAGAGUGAAAGUAAUCAAGCAAGACUAUGGGAUAUUCUUUCCAUCUAUACAUGGUUAAAUCCUGAUAUUGGCUAUGUUCAAGGAAUGAAUGACAUAUGUUCCCCGAUGAUAAUCCUACUUGAAGAGGAAGCCGACGCUUUCUGGUGCUUUGAGCGUGCAAUGCGAAGACUAAGAGAAAAUUUCAGGACGACAGCAACAUCAAUGGGCGUCCAGACUCAGCUGGGUAUGCUCUCACAGGUCAUUAAAACCGUUGAUCCUCGGCUACAUCAGCAUCUUGAGGAUCUCGACGGUGGAGAGUAUCUGUUUGCUAUACGAAUGUUGAUGGUAUUGUUCAGGAGAGAGUUCUCCUUCCUUGAUGCUUUGUACCUUUGGGAGCUGAUGUGGGCUAUGGAAUACAAUCCAAACAAGUUUGCAUCAUACGAAGAACCACAAAACAUAAACAACUCCUCAGGACAGGAUCCGAGGUUACUCAAGCAGUAUGGAAAGUUUGAGAGAAAAUAUAUAAAGAAUGGCCAGAACGAGCAACACAACACGCUUGCUGUUUUUGUUGUGGCAAGUGUUCUUGAAACAAAGAACAAACGUCUCUUGAAGGAAGCAAAAGGCCUAGAUGACGUUGUUCAGAUAUUGGGCGGUAUUGCAGCAAUAGAAGGUGAAAAGGAACCAGAGAUGCAAAUCGGAAAUCCAACGGACGUAAAGCAUGUUGCACACAUUGGUUGGGAUGGACCGUCUGAUAAUGCCACUGCACCUAGCUGGAUGAACGAUUUCAAGAGUUCUCCUGGAAUGGAAUCAACAACUCAAUUAUUUGGAGAAGACGAUUCCUCAGUGAAAUGUCAAUCAGAGUUUGGUGGUCGGUCCAGAGAUUUACCAAAACUACCAAAAUCCACGAGAAAAUCAUCAUCUGAGAAAGGUUCUCCGACAAAAGAAAAAUCAGACAAGACCAAACGUCGAACUUCAAACAAAGGCACUUCAUCGUCUAGGAGAACUAAAGACGAAGAUUCUACCUCAUCGUCUAGGAGACCUAAAGACGAAGAUUCUACCUCAUCGUCUAGGAGAACUAAAGACGAAGACUCUUCUUGGUCUCAACAUAGUGUUGGAUUACCAGAGAUUCCAAAGAAAUCAAAGAGGAAGAAAUCUAAAGAAGGUGGUAAUGGAGGGUCUUCAAGAUCGUCUCGAAUAUCAGAAGCUGAUAAAAUGUCGGAUUAUAUGUCUGAUACUGGCUCCGUUAGAUCUAUACCUCAAUUCGAAGACGACAGAAAUGGGUUUUGAUUUUCAUUUUCGUUAUAAAAAAACAAGAGACUUUAAGUUUUGUAAUAGUAAAGAAAUGUUGUAGAA